AUGGACAAUGAGGAGGCAUUUCCUACCAUCCCCGCAGAUAAUACAGGCAGCUCUUUGCCCGAUGAAUUCGCCAGCGAGACACGUCCCGUCAGGUUUAGCGAUGCUGCUGCCGCGAGCUUCGGAUCUUCGGAUGAACUGCAGAAGGAGUCGCCCAGGGAGCAAUCGUUGGACGCCGAGUUUUCUACUCAGGGGGAGUAUGUCGGCAUUUGUCCAGAUUGUUUGUAUCCGCUGCUCCUUGACAAUGCUACUCAACAACAUUCGGACUACUGCCAUAACAUGUUUGUUCAAAACCUAAGAGCUGAGCCAUCCUCAUUCAAUGAUAGAGAAGAGAGGAAUUUUCUUCUUCAAGAUCCAUCUCUAUCUACCGCCACUGCAGUCCCAAGUGCCACCAAUACAUCAACGGCGAUUUUACCAGAUGUCUACGAGAACACAACUGGCGGGAGUCAUGAUACGGAUGAGCCUAGUUUGGGCUUCUCUUCUAUACAGCCUCCUCAGCUACCACAUGUGACCAACAAUCAACCUCAGCCAAUCAUGGAAUCUGGAAGACACUCCUCCGAUAAUGCUACCUCAUCAGAUGAACAAAGCUAUGCACGCCACAGGAGGGAGGCACAUGAACCGGGAAAUUAUCCCUGUCCUCACCCACAGUGCAAGAAAUUCAAGAUCCCCUUCAAGAGGGCAGAUAAACUGCAAAAUCAUCAUCGCAACACGUGCAAAAUUGAGCGUCAGCUUAGAGGGACGACAUCUCCGAGUUGA